CGAGAAGAAGAACAUAUGAUCACGAGAAGAACCGCAUCUCCAGCUUGCUGAGGAACCAGGGAUGCACCUGUCUCGGAAGAUCCGAUAGUGGGUGUUGGAUUGGGAAGGGGGGUUGGGGGUGUAGGUGGUGGUCGUGGCUACAGUUGGCCUAAGGGCUCUCCUGUCCACGUUUUCACGUAGGAUCUAGAAACAUCCGGAGAACCUUCUUGAGAUGAAGCCCAGAUACCUAUAGAUGUUUGCGAGGUGUUUCCAAUCCUGAAUCUGGUUUUGGGGCCUGACGUUGCCAUGUACUCAAAGGGACGGAGAGCAUAACCCAAAGAAGAUGAGCGUCGGCCAUGGUUGACGAUCUGGCCAUGUGCCUAUAAUCCCAGGUUUGAGAAGUUCUAAGAUCCUUCAGAAGGCGCUCUACCGGCAAUAAAAAAAAAACACUGCAAAGAUGCCCCGGAACCGGGCCUUCUCGGAGCCCGAGUACUCGGCAGAGUAUUCGGCGGACUAUUCGGUCAGCUUGCCAUCGGACCCGGAGCAUGGCGUGGGUCGGACACACGAAGUGACGGUUCGGAGCUCGGGCUGCUGCCUCUGCUUGCCGAGGUUUAUGCGGCUGACCUUCGCUCCGGAGUCGUUGGAGAACCUCUAUCAGACCUAUUUCCGCCGGCAGCGCCAUGAGACGCUCCUGGUCCUGGUGGUCUUCGCUGCUCUUUUUGACUGCUAUGUCAUCGUUAUGUGUGCCGUGGUGUACACCCAAGACAAGCUGGCAUCAACCUUGGUGGCCGUGGUGGGGUUGUUGGCGCACCUUCUUCUGUUCGUCCUAUGCAAGUUUGGAUUGCUACCGGACCGCAUCUCCCGCAAGUUUGUCCCCUACAUCCUUUGGAUAUUGAUUGCCGCACAGAUUUUUUCCUACCUUGGCCUUAACUUUGCCCAUUUCCACGAGGCCAGCGACACGGUCGGCUGGCAGGCCUUUUUUGUGUUCUCGUUCUUCAUCACGUUGCCCCUACGCCUCACCCCCAUCGUCCUGAUCACCACCGUGUCCUGCGGAAUACACACCUUAGUGCUGGGAGUAACCAUCGCCCAACAACAACAGGGGUCUAUGGAUACCAACGCUUUGUUACGCCAGGUCUUGUCCAAUAUAGCCAUCUACCUGUGUACCAUCACUGUCGGUAUCAUGUCCUACUACAUGGCGGAUCGGAAGCACAGGAAAGCUUUCCUAGAAGCCCGUCAGUCUCUGGAGGUCAAACUCAACCUGGAGGAGCAAAGUCAACAACAGGAACGUCUCCUCCUCUCCAUUCUGCCCAAACAUAUUGCGGAUGAGAUGCUCAACGACAUGAAGAAAGACCAAAAACAGAAAGAACUGCAGCAGUUCAACACUAUGUACAUGUACCGGCACGAGAACGUUAGUAUCCUAUUCGCGGACAUCGUGGGCUUCACCCAGCUCUCGUCUUACUGCAGCGCACAGGAGCUGGUAAAGCUGUUAAACGAACUGUUUGCGCGAUUUGACAAGCUCGCAGCGAAAUACCACCAGCUGAGGAUUAAGAUCCUGGGCGACUGUUACUACUGUAUCUGCGGCCUCCCCGACUAUAGAGAGGACCAUGCUUAUUGCUCCAUCAUGAUGGGUCUAGCGAUGGUCGAUGCCAUAUCGUAUGUGAGAGAGAAGACAAAAACGGACGUGGACAUGCGCGUGGGCGUUCAUACAGGGACCGUCAUCGGAGGGGUUCUGGGACAGAAACGUUGGCAAUAUGAUGUAUGGUCCACGGACGUCACCCUGGCCAACAAGAUGGAGGCCGGAGGGAUCCCGGGCCGCGUUCACAUCUCACAGAGCACGUACGACUGUCUGAAAGGAGAGUUUGAGGUGGAGCCUGGAGAAGGUGGCACGAGGUGCGACUACCUGCGGGAGAAGGGUAUCGUCACUUACCUGGUGAUAGUGCCCAAGCAGCCGGUUAAUAAGAAUGGUAUAAAUGGAGUGAAGCUGUCGCUGACGUCAUCACACGGAAACUCCCCGCAGCUGAUCAACACCAAGGAGUGCAACGGCAGCAUCCACACCACCUGCACCACGCCGGACGACAACGAGGAGCUGGACACCAGAGUGGUGAACCCAUCUUUCCCCAACCCCCGCAGACGCCUCCGCUUGAGAGACUUGGCCGAGAGAGUCAUUGACGCUCAGCAGAAUGAGCAGGAGCUGAACAAACUGCUGAAUGAAGCCUUGUUGGAAAGAGAGACUGUACAAGUCUUGAAAGGGAAGUAUACCUACCGCCUGUCAAUGAGAUUCAUCAACCCGGAGAUGGAAACCCGUUUCUCGGUGGAGAAGGAGAAGCAAAGUGGUGCGGCGUUCAGCUGUUCCUGUGUUGUCCUCCUCUUCACAGCUGUGGUCCAGAUGCUCAUAGAUCCCAUGUUGGUCGCCAACUACGUAACGUUUGUCAUUGGGGAAAUCCUACUCUUGGUUCUUACCAUCUGUUCACUGGCAGCCAUUUUUCCCAGGGUUUUCCCUAAAAAGUUGGUUGCAUUUUCCACUUGGAUUGACCGUACCAGAUGGGCGAGAAACACUUGGGCGAUGUCAGCCAUCUUCAUUCUAACUAUGGCGGAUAUUGUGGAUAUGCUCAGCUGCCUGCAGUACUACUCCAGCUCCUACAACAGCACAAUGCAGUCAUCCGAAUCUUGGGGCUGUGUGGAGAACCCCAAAUAUUACAGCUACAUUGCAGUCCUCGCUCUGAUCGCCACCAUCAUGUUGGUUCAGGUCAGCCACAUGGUGAAGCUCACCCUCAUGCUGAUGAUCACUAUCGCUGUUGGCGUUGUCAACAUUUACGCCUGGAGGCCGAUUUUUGACGAUUACGACAGGAAGCGCUUCAAUAGCUACGUGGCUUAUCUGGUUCCUUCCAAAUACUCCAUGACAGUGAUGAUCUUCAUUAUGAUGCUAAGUUUCUAUUACUUUGCCCGACAUGUUGAGAAGUUAGCCAGGACCCUGUUCUUAUGGAAGAUCGAUGUCCAUGACCAGAAGGAGAAAGUCUAUGACAUGCGGCGCUGGAACGAGGCCCUGGUCACCAAUAUGUUGCCUGAGCAUGUAGCGCGCCAUUUUCUGGGCUCCAAAAAGAGAGACGAGGAGUUGUACAGUCAGUCGUAUGAUGAGAUCGGGGUGAUGUUCGCUUCUAUCCCAAACUUCUCAGACUUUUACACAGAAGAAAGCAUCAACAAUGGCGGCAUCGAAUGCCUCAGGUUCCUCAAUGAGAUCAUCUCCGAUUUUGAUGCAUUGUUGGACGAGCCUCAGUUCCGGUGUAUUACAAAGAUUAAAACCAUAGGAAGCACUUACAUGGCUGCAUCCGGAGUCACUCCAGACCCCAGUACAAAUGGUUACAACAACACUAUCAAGAAGGAGGAGAUCUCGGAUAAGGAGCGCUGGCAGCAUCUUGCUGAUCUCGCUGACUUCGCUCUGGCUAUGAAGGUGACGCUCAUGAACAUCAACUAUCAGUCUUUUAAUAACUUCAUGCUGCGGAUAGGACUCAAUAAGGGUGGAGUUCUGGCCGGUGUCAUCGGAGCUCGUAAACCUCACUAUGACAUCUGGGGGAACACGGUGAACGUUGCCAGCAGGAUGGAGUCCACCGGCGUCAUGGGAAACAUACAGGUUGUAGAAGACACCCAUGACAUCCUGAAGGAGUACGGCUUCCGUUUCGUCAGAAGGGGACCUAUCUACGUCAAAGGGAAAGGCGAACUUCUCACUUUCUUCUUGAAAGGACGGGACAAACAAGGUUCCUUCAUCAACGGGUCCUCGGUCACCCUGCCCCACCAAGUGGUGGAGAACUCUUGAUCUCUCGAUCACCCAUCAAGCAGAAAAACACCAACACCGAAACAGCCACCGUAUGAGGUCAACGCAGAGACUGAUACUUCAGGAAGCCCGGCAUCCUCUGACCGCGGGGGGAAAACCUAAAAAGGACACUAUAGACGACAUAUAUACCUAUAAAUACCAGUCUCUUUAUUUCUGGAGUUGCCUUUUUAAGACAUUUUUCUGCUCAACAACCCUUCGCCGGCACAGGUUCACGAGCUCGGUAAAAACCCAUAUCCCGGGAGUCCUCCGGCAGAGCCGAAAAGUUGGAGGUUGUUGGUUGACGUUGACUUUUUAGAUAUCAUAGAGAAUGCAAAUUGGAUGAUUUACGACACUAUUUUUAUUUUUUUCGAGUUUAGUUAAAAAACGACUGCAAAAACGGGGUUUUGACUCCCCCCACCACACGGAAAAAAAAAUGUACAAGAUGAGCACAUAUGGUCGAAACGCUUUGGGACGUUUUAUUUUGUUGUUGGUCGAAACGUCGAUAUAUCUUUCAGGGCAAAAUGGGACAGUUUUAACGCUAAAAACAGGACGGCUAACGUACUGCUGGUUUACUGUGAUCAUAACAAUAACCUGCCCAUGUAGUUAGUGGGAAUGCAACGACAACGAGUGCAAUAUAUUUCACUAUAUUUGGAGUAAAAAAAAAAAAAAAAAAACUUUUUGAAAAAAAAAAUGCAAAAAAAAUUUCUAAAAAUAAUAAUUACUAAUAAUAAAAAAAAAAAAAAGAGACAACUAUAUAUACAUAACACACAACGAAAAGGAAGCGACGGCUAGUAUUCCCCUUCCAGAUACUGCCUGCCGAGCUCACUGCUGCUUACCCCCUCGCCCUUUAUCUCGCGCUUUAAAUUACGAUUUUUUCCCAGGAUUUUUUUUUUUUUUAGGGAAGGGGGAAAGAGACUGUUUCAUUCACUAUCGACGUGCCAGUGCUUAGGGCGGAGCCGACUUCAUCGAAAGCCUCUGUGAUUUCUAUUUUUCUUAUUGAAAAAACACACACACAAAAAAAAUAAUAAUCUAAUUUUGUAUAAAGAAAAAACCUGCAGCUUCCAUAAAAAAAAAAUAAUAAUAAAAAUGUUACGUUUUAUUACCGUAAAUAGGAACAGAGGAAAAAUACCUAAAUAAAUAAAAUAAAUAUAUAUAUAAAUAAAAUAUAUAUAGAAAAGGGAGGGGCGGAGCAAGGUCGUCCAUGGACAGAGAUCUAAUUUACAUGUUUUUUUUUUCAAAUGUAUAUUUUUACGAAUGAUAAAAUAUAUUAUAUACGGAAAUCCUGACGAUGCGCUGUAUGAUGGGAACUGUAACGUAGGGGCGGGAAUAGGAGUCGUAUUCCUCUCCACGAGCGACCUUCACCAUGUUGUCCGUGAUACCAAAAAAAAACAAAAAAAAAAGACAAAAAUUGGAGAAAUUUGGAAUUUUUUUUUUUUAAAGCAAUUUUCAGCAAUUAUUUUAUUUUUAUUAUUUUUUUUUUCCAGCAAUCUGGAGCGAUAAUUCACUGUGAGUAUUUGGCCGCUUAGGUCAAUGUCAGGUUAUUUUGUCUUUCCGAAGAAAAAAAUAAAUAAAAUGGUUUCCGUCGACGACCCUCUCAGGUGGUGAGGAUUCAAGCUUUAGGGCGGUGGUGGUGGUAGAGGCCGGCGGCAAGAUGAAUGCAAUAUAAUAAUUGGUAAUUUAUUUAAUUUAUACUAACAGUGCAGGGAACUGUUCACACCCAUUGUGCUUUUGCAUAGACAAUUAUUGUCCAAAGGAAAAACGUUUUUUUUUUUUUUUUUUUUGGCGUGAUACGGUGCAAUAUAUUCGUAAUUCGGAAAAAGACGUUUGGGAGGUUGUAGUCCGGUUGGAAUAGCACUGGAUGGAACCAACUGGACAUUUUGGCAUUGUAUGCACACUGCCCCCUUGUGGUCAGAAGAAGCAUUACACAGUUGUAUUCAGACUGCCCCCUUGUGGUCAAAAGAAGCUGUAUUCAGACUGCCCCUAGUAGUUAUUAGAAUUAUUUAGCUGUAUACAGAUUGUUCCCAAAUUGUUAAUAGGGGUAUUAUACAGCUGUAUGCACACUGCCCCCUAGUGGUCAAUAGGAGAAUUAAACAGCUGUAUACAGAUUGCUUCCCAGCGGCCAAUAAGAGCAUUUUACAGCUGCAUGAACACUGCCCCCUUGUGGUCAAUAGGAGUAUUAUACAGCUGUAUACAGAUUGCUCCCAAAUGGUCAAUAAGAGCAUUAUACAGCUGUAUAUACUGCCCCUUCCCCCUAGUGGUCAAUAGAAGCAUUAUACAUCUGCCACCUAGUAGUUUAAAGGAGCGUUAUACAGCUGUAUAUACACUGCCCCCUAGUGGUCAAUGGAAGCAUUAUACAUCUGUAUACACACUGCCCCCUAGUGGUCAAUAGGAGCAUUAUACAGCUGUAUACACACUGCCCCCUAGUGGUCAAUAGGAGCAAUAUACAGCUGUAUAUACAAUGCCCCCUAGUGGUCAAUAGGAGCAUUAUACAGCUGUAUACACACUGCCCCCUAGUGGUCAAUAGGAGCAUUAUACAGCUGUAUACAUACUGCUCCCUAGUGGUCAAUAGGAGCAAUAUACAGCUGUAUAUACACUGCCCCCUAGUGGUCAAUAGGAGCAUUAUACAGCUGUAUACACACUUCCCCCUAGUGGUCAAUAGGAGCAUUAUACAGCUGUAUACACACUGCCCCUAGUGGUCAAUAGGAGUAUUAUACAGCUGUAUAUACACCGCCCCCUAGUGUUCAACAGGACCAUUAUACAUCUGUAUACAUACUGCCCCCUAGUGGUCAAUAGAAGCAUUAUACAGCUGUAUACACACUGCCCCCAAGUGGUCAAUAGAGGCAUUAUACAGCUGUAUAUACCCCGCCCCCUAGUGGUCAAUAGGAGCAUUAUACAGCUGUAUACACACUGCCCCAUAGUGGUCAAUAGGUGCAUUAUACAGCUGUAUAUACACCGCCCCCUAGUGGUCAAUAGGAGCAUUAUACAGCUGUAUACACACUGCCCCCUAGUGGUCAAUAGGAGCAAUAUACAGCUGUAUAUACACUGCCCCCUAGUGGUCAAUAGGAGCAUUAUACAGCUGUAUACACACUGCCCCCUAGUGGUCAAUAGGAGCAUUAUCCAGCUGUAUAUACAUCGCCCCCUAGUGGUCAACAGGACCAUUAUACAGCUGUAUACACACUGCCCCCUAGUGGUCAAUAGGAGCAUUAUACAGCUGUAUACACACUGCCCCUAGUGGUCAAUAGGAGUAUUAUCCAGCUGUAUAUACAUCGCCCACUAGUGGUCAACAGGACCAUUAUACAGCUGUAUACACACUGCCCCCCUAGUGGUCAAUAGGAGCAUUAUACAGCUGUAUAUACACUGCCCCAUAGUGGUCAAUAGGAGCAUUAUACAGCUGUAUACACACUGCCCCCUAGUGGUCAAUAGGUGCAUUAUACAGCUGUAUAUACACCGCCCCCUAGUGGUCAAUAGGAGCAUUAUACAGCUGUAUACACACUGCCCCUAGUGGUCAAUAGGAGUAUUAUCCAGCUGUAUAUACAUCGCCCCCUAGUGGUCAACAGGACCAUUAUACAGCUGUAUACACACUGCCCCCCUAGUGGUCAAUAGGAGCAUUAUACAGCUGUAUAUACACUGCCCCAUAGUGGUCAAUAGGAGCAUUAUACAGCUGUAUACACACUGCCCCCUAGUGGUCAAUAGGUGCAUUAUACAGCUGUAUACACACUGCCCCCUAGUGGUCAAUAGAAGCAUUAUACAGCUGUAUACACACUGCCCCCUAGUGGUCAAUAGGAGCAUUAUACAGCUGUAUAUACACCGCCCCCUAGUGGUCAAUAGGAGCAUUAUACAGCUGUAUACACACUGCCCCCUAGUGGUCAAUAGGUGCAUUAUACAGCUGUAUACACACUGGCCCCUAGUGGUCAAUAGAAGCAUUAUACAGCUGUAUACACACUGCCCCCUAGUGGUCAAUAGGAGUAUUAUACAGCUGUGUGAAGAGGCAUUUAACAAUGUUGCAUAUAAGGAAUCCUCUAUGGGAAAACCUUUUUAGCAAUAGCCAUAAAGCCAACCAAAUGCGUCACUACUGCUGUGGAGGACAUUUCGGCUUGUAAGCUCAGACCAGACCAGACCCCCUAUAGAUGUUUCAUGUACUUGACUAUUAAAUUAUGGAUGGUUCCCAGUUGAAGGGCGUUAAGGAUCUUCUAUGAUGGGGGUUGGAGCGCUGUAUAAUGGUGGAUGGGAAGGUCCAAAAAUGGCCAGGGAGCGAAAGAGGAGCAAAGGAUACGAUGUCUGAUCGCGGGGGGCCCGCUGCUGGGGACCCCAGUGAUCUCGGCUGCGGCACCCCAGACAUCCGCUGCACAGAGCGAAGUUUCCUGGCAAUGCAGGGCGGAAGCUUGUGUUGU